AUGAGGGAUCCAGUGCCAACGGAGUUUGGCAUGCCCGAUGGCACUGGCAGACGAGGCAUUGUGGAUGAGUUUGAGCAGGCAUCCGUGGCCGGAGAGGGGGACUUCCCGGAGGGGCCCAAUGCCGGGCCUGUGGAGCUGCCGGCAGCUGAGAUGGGCAGCCUGCCAGAUCUGGCCAAGAUCCUGUCAGAGCUGUCGCCCUUCCAGAGGGACCGCGCAGCCGCGCAGGUGUUGCGGCCGGGGUAUAUACGAAAACUGCUGGAGAUCUUCAGGCAAUGUGAAGAUUUGGAGGACGAGGAGUCGCUGCGGCACAUGUACUUCAUCGUGCGGGGGGCCAUCAUGCUUAACGACGCCGCCCUGCUGGAGGCGUUCCUGUCCGAGGAAAAUGUCAUGGAUACGGUGGGGGCGCUGGAGUAUGAUCCGGAGCUGCCGGAGCAGCAGAGGCACCGCGCCUUCCUGCGCGACAAAGUGGUGUUCAAGGAGGUCGUGCCAAUCGCAGACCCGGGCCUGCGAGCCAAAAUCCACCAGACCUACCGCCUCGCGUACCUCAAAGACGUGGUGCUGCCGCGGGUGCUGGACGAUGCCACGUUCGCCACCUUCUCCUCGCUCAUCCUCUUCAACAAUGUCGAGGUGGUUAUGGCGCUGCAGAACGACGCGCGUUUCCUGCCGGACCUGUUUGAGCGGCUCAAGGCGACGGGGCCGGGGGACGAGGGGUGGCAGGAUCAGGUGAUGAUGAGGGUGCUGAAAGACGGCUCAGAUGAGUUGAGACAGCGCGCCACAGAUGUGCUACUCAGCGCGGUGCAGCACGAUGCGACCCCCUUUAGGGACUUCUUCACAAAGCAGCCUGAAACAGACCAGUUCCAGCUGCUUCUAAGGCCCUUGUUAAGUGGCGGUGACGUGGGCCUCCAAGAGAGCGUGCUGGAGAUCUUGAGAGCGCUGCUGGACCCCUCCACCAUGACUCUCAAGGCAGAGAGCAACCACUUCCUGGAGCUGUUCUACGACAAGUACAUAGCCCAGCUCAUAGCCGUGCUGUCGGACGCGUGCGAGCCGGGCCGGCAGCAGUCGGACGCGCCCGGCGCCGCCCCCUCGGCCCUCGCGCUCAUCGUGGACCUGCUCUGCUUCUGCGUACAACAGCACUCCUACCGCAUAAAGUACUAUGUGCUGCGCAACAACGUUGUGGAGAAGGUCCUCAAGUUACUAAACCGGCGUGAGAAGUGGCUGGUGGUGGCGGCCGUGCGGUUCCUGCGAACCUGCAUCGGCCUCAAAGACGACUUCUACAACCGCUACCUGGUGCGCAACAACCUGUUCGAGCCGGUUUUGGCCACGUUUUUGGCGAAUGGCGAGCGCUACAAUCUGCUCAACAGCGCGGUGCUGGAGAUGGUGGAGUACGUGCGCAAAGAGAACAUCAAGCCGCUGAUCAGUCACCUGGUGGAGCAGUUUGGGGGGCGCCUGGCCGGCUGCGACUACGUGGACACCUUCCGCAACCUCAAGCUCAAAUACGAGCAGAACCAGGAGUGGGGGGCGGCUGGCGAGCACGAUGCGCUGCCGACGCCAUCAACGGUGGCCGCGCAGCACGCUUUGGCUGAGUCGCGCCAGCGAAGAGACGAGCGCUCACUUGACAAGGACGAGGAGGACUACUUCAGCAAGGAGGACGAUGACGAGGAUGAUGGCAGCGGCGGCGCGGCGGCUGGCGUGAGCGGCCGGGUCGCUAAUGGCGUCGCGCAUCCCAUGGGGUCCGUUACGGGCACCUUCUCGCUUCGCUCCCUGGUUGACUACGACGAUGACGAGGACGAGGACACUGCCGACGGCGACAAAGGCAUGCAGAAGCGGGGGCCCAAGCCGGCGCGACAGCCCGGCUCGCCACUCAAGCGGCCGCGGCUGUCCAUAACCCAGAGCGAGGCCGUUCGGCUCUGGCGCUGUUCGCCCAGAUGACGGCUGUGCCUAAUUGGCGCUGCCGCCCUGGCCUACAACGGCAAUCCCCCCCUCGCCAGAUCCGCCAAAUUUGGCACCCUCUGCGGCUGUUGCAAUGGCGCGCAGUCCCCCGGCAAGGCAGCCGGCCUGCCAAAGAUGCAGCCAGGGCAAUGCUCUAAGCGAGUGCUGCAGGCAGUUCACAUGCAGCAAUCUCUGCGCGAGGCUUGUGCGCUGCGCUGUGCACUGCCGGAUGUAUAGAUACUUGCUGCAGCUGCUUGCAUUUGCAAGUCAGUCAGGCUGCUGAACAGAUUGUGUCAGCUCGCUAAGGCAAGAGAGAUUUUAGGGGGGUAGGUUGAUGCCAGCUGGAUGCGCAAAACACCUUGUUUACAUGAGUGGCUCUCUCUGCAGAAAUGAUGAAUGUCUGUACAUGUCUGUCAUCAGAACGGAGUUUGUAUGCUUUCUGGCCAAACGAUUGUUGCCAGCAGAUCUUUCUCAUGUCAAUACCUCAAAUUUGACAGAGUGCAAUAAAUCAGACUGUUUUUGCACAACCAACGGUGGGGCCUCAGAGGGUUGUGAUACGUGACUUUAGGGAAAGGGCGUCCGGAAGAUUAGAUGGGAUUUCUGCCCAGUCAAAGUCAUCACAGAUCCUGGAGUGAUGAGCACCUGACAUCAAGAGCGUCUUGUGCGCGCUGGAAUGUGUUGUGUACACUGCUGGUGCCUGCUUCUCAUGCCUCAUGGCAACGUGCAGCAAUCAGAGCGAGCAUUCAGCCUGUUGCUGCGCGAUUGAAUUUUGCACCAGCAGCAUUAGGGGUGAAGAUGUCGAGCAGAAGUUGCAUGCAGACCCAACAGCCUGACAACAAUGGACCGGGGGUUCCCAUGACCAGGAUGCAUUUUGGUGAGGUUGUUCAAAUGUGUAAAUUAGCCGACAUCCUUGAAACAGGCUGCUUACAAGAUCACGCUGGUUUUUCUGAGUAUAGCCUGUGAAGAGUCUAUCAACCAUCUGUUCCACUGUGAUCGUGUGAAAGUAGUAAAGACUCGAACACAGAGCACUUAUUUUGAUCAUAAGAUGUUGCAUACGCCAUGUAAACCAUCACAGCA